AUGUGUGAAAAUCUCAAAGCCGACCGCAUACGGUGCGAAGCGUGCCGAACAAUCAAUUUAGCGAAACAUGUUAAAUAUCCAAAACCAGAUAUGCAAUUAUAUGAUAAAUGUAGCCCUGCGCAAAGAAUAGACUGCUCUCAAAUACCAGAACUUCCUAUCCGUCCCACCUGUAUCAAAGUUUGUACUAAAGAGGAGUACAACUUAAGAAAAAGUGGUAAAAAAACUGUCACAAAAAUACCGGUGCCAUAUUAUCCACAUGGAAAGCUCAUGUAUGCUGUCAAAGCUGGAAUCCUAGUAGGUGCUGUUUAUUUCACGUACACACAAGGAAUAUGGGGUAACCAACAAGACACCACAGAGUGCAUCCGACGCUGGCAAGAGUACUUUCGCAGCAUUAACACUAGAAGACCGCCUUCCUUCGAUCAAUGUGGCCGUAUAAUCGUACGUAUGAAAUUAGAAUGGCUACUAUAG